CCUCUCUAGCCGCCGGCAGUCGCCUGUCCCGCGCACUGAAGAACAGCUGGUCGCCGCCCGUCUCCUCGCCACGCGACGAACCACGUGACAUAUUCUCCUUGGACUUGCUUCAAACACUGAUAGUAAUUUAUUUAAAUUUAAUCGUAGUCACGACCGUUGUAACCUUUAAUUUAAAUGUGUCUCCCUACCAAAGAUCUUUAUGUUUUUCGAAAUGGAACAAUUUAAAAUUAAAUUCCUGGAAGAGAGUCUGACAAGUGAAUUGUCGAAGAACUAUUGUGAUUUUAAAAUUUGUAUUGUAUAAAAUAGUUGUGUAAAGAAACUUGUACGUAAAAUAAUUAAAUUGACGGAUGAUGGGGCGAGAAUGAAGCGAUCGCAGAGUACACGCUGAGCCGAGGAGUGCAGUGAUCUGUGUAGUGAAGUGCAUGCUCGGAAGUGUCAACAGAAGAUACGAACUGGAUCACUCCGGGGGCUUCGCGUCAUCCCCGUGGGCCGCUGUCCUGGGGCACCACCCCGGGGAGGGCCACGGGUACCCGCCCUCGCAUCCGCAUCCUUCAGCGCCCAUGCCCAUGGACCUCCAUGUGCCUCAGGGCUUCCCGUACUACAGGUAUCGCGAGGAGGCCCUCUGCUGGUCGGACAGGAAGACCGCGGUGGACGACGUGGGCGUGGGACACCCGGCCUCUGUCAACGCUCGGAUGGUGAACUCGCAUGGCCUGUCCAUAGUACAUGAGGAGCUGCAGCAUGGAAGUAUCUUGGAGCUGAGGAAGGAGAAGAGCAGGGACGCGGCGCGCUCUAGACGUGGCAAGGAGAACUUUGAAUUCUAUGAGUUGGCCAAGAUGUUACCUCUGCCUGCCGCCAUCACCAGUCAGUUGGACAAGGCAUCCAUCAUCCGACUGACGAUCUCCUACCUCAAGAUGAGGGACUUCUCCGGGCACGGUGACCCACCUUGGAGCCGAGAUAACCCCUCUGCCAAAUCUGUCAAAGGAGGUAUCAGGUCGAGGACGGCGGCAGGUAUCGCCAUGGAGAUGUUCGAACAACACCAGGGCACACAUAUACUGCAGUCCCUGGAUGGAUUCGCGUUCGCGCUGGCAGCGGACGGCAGGUUCCUCUACAUCUCGGAGACUGUCUCCAUCUAUCUCGGCCUCUCGCAGGUGGAGAUGACGGGGAGCAGUGUAUUCGACUAUAUCCAUCACCAGGAUCACUCUGAGAUGGCGGAACAGCUGGGUCUGGGUCUAUCACAGGGACAGGGGUUGGCGUCUCCUAGCAGUGCAGCUUCUGAGGAGGGUACCAACACCAGUGCAGGCACUGCUAACCCCGAUGUGUCUUCCCUCAUGUCCCUCACCAGCACGUCAGCCUACAAGGGGUUGGAGCGAGCGUUCUGUGUUCGCAUGAAGUCUACUCUGACCAAGCGGGGCUGUCAUUUCAAGUCUUCCGGUUACCGGGUGGUGCUACUGCUGUGUCGUCUGAGGCCACAGUACACAUUCUCACACAGUCGCAAAGCUGCCCCUCCACUCAUGGGCAUGGUGUCACUUGCCAUCGCUCUUCCCCCACCCAGUGUUCAUGAGAUCAGGCUAGAGUCUGACAUGUUUGUCACCAGGAUCAAUUUUGACUUCCGAAUAGCACAUUGUGAACCCAGGGUGGCAGACCUGCUAGACUACACAGCUGAGGAGAUCACUGGCAUGAACCUGUACACACUAUGUCACGGCGAGGACGCCAACAGGCUCAGGAAAAGUCAUAUAGAUUUAAUCAAUAAAGGACAAGUGUUGACCCACUACUACAGAAUAAUGAACAAGAAUGGAGGCUAUACUUGGAUACAAACAUGUGCCACUGUCGUCUGCAACUCCAAGAAUGCUGAGGAACAGAAUAUCAUCUGUGUCAACUAUGUUGUCAGUGGGAAGGAAUUCAAAAACCUCAUCAUGGACUGCUGUCAACUAGAAGAGAACAUCGCUCAGAGAGGUGUGAAACGGGAGGAGACAGGGGGGAAUGACCCAGAAAAUGGUUCUCCUGAUGCUGACAAAGGAGAUGGACGCAAUAGCGGUGCUCCCAGGAACCAUGACCACCACCUCUCACCUCCAGACCUUGAGGACUCUUCUGAGGGCUCAGGAGAUCCCCAAAGGGGCAGAGGCCAUCUGGAGCAUACCUCCCAGCUGCAAGCCCCCGAUCGCAGUCAGGUGUUGGCUGCAAGAUCUGUGAAUAAACUGGAUGAAGUCACUCAAAGAGGCCAGAAGCGUAAACUUUCCGGAACUCAGCGAGAAGACGAGAGUAGUUGCUGUAGUUCCGAGGAUGAGGAGAGGCUGAGGAAACGUUACCCUGUGCUGAGUCCAGCAUCUUCCUCUUGCCAUUCGGUGCCUGUCAACAGUCCCAAGCCUCCCAUUGAGGACAGUGACGGUGGAGGAACAUCUGUUAAGGACCUAGAGCAUGCUAUGUCCAAACAUUUACCUGUAGUAUUAGACAAAACUCCUACAGAUUUCAGCACCGACACACUUCUGAAGCAACAACAGAAAAGUACAAUUCAGUGGAUCGGAGCUUUGCCACAACACGCUCAGCCUGGAGGUGCACCCCUGCCUGCGUCAGCUCUGCUGCGACAAUUGUAUGCCAACAGGGAGAGUGUGAUCCGCGCAAACGUCCACGCAGGCAGGACUGGUCCCACCCCCGGAAGUUGGGACAUGAACCACGUUGGGCCUCUCCCCACCCCUCCCGGCAGCGAGGGCUCCUACAGCGACCAGUUCGUGCUUGCCCAUAACCAGAAAUCUGGGGACGCUUUCAGUGGCCUCGUCUCCUCAUACUCCACCCCCGGUGGUUACACAGUCGACUACCACUCGGCGAUGACACCUCCAUCAUCAGUGUCACCACGAGAUAAACAUCAGCAAGUACACAACACGUUUGACAAUCCUACGUACACCGAUGUCCUGAGGCAUCAGUAUAAUCUGCCCCUAGGCAGUGACUCUCCCGCUCAACCUCUGCCGCUGAAACCACAGCCCUACCCCGUCCACCCUACAGCGAUCGAUUACGCUUCCUCGGGUCUAGACCAGUCACAGUUCUACCACCAUUCAGCAGGCUUUCAUUUAUACCAUCCAGCGAACAAAACACCCACCGCUUCCGCUUCCGUCUACCCAGAGACACUAAAAAAUAGUGCAAAUUGGUAUUCUACACCCUCAUAGUACGAUUUAAUAGUUAAACCGUUUUUGUUAAAAAUUGUACACACUUGCAAAAGUAUGUAGAAAGUUUUGUAAAUUAUUAAUGUAUUUGUAAAUAGAAAUAAUUUAAACAAGUGAUAGUACUCUGUAUGACCAUGAUAUAAAACUUGUGUCCAAAAAACUCCAAUAAGGAACUACAUUACAUUACAUUUAAAAAAAUGGAAGUGUGCCUAAAAUAGUUAUCUGAAAAUAUGAAUGAAUUUUUUCUGUCAGUAAACCAAUGGAAAUGAUAUGAAUAUAACAGAUUUAAAUAUAAGUUUUAAGACUGAAGUUGUCAAAUUGAAAUGUGUAAAGUUUAAAUAUUUAAUUUUAAAUAUUAAAAAACUGCUUAGAUCUCACAUAAUACUAUUAUGACAUUAAUCAAGUGUAUAUUGUUUGAAAUUAUAAACUAUUUGGAAAAGGUAUAGACCUGGUAAAUUAUUAUUGCUAUAAGAAGGGGUACUGUUUUUAAAUAACUAAAGAACCUUUAACUACCAAAAUUAGAUACAGGGUAUCAAAAUCAACUUCAACUAUGUAUAAUAAAACAGAAUAGAUAGGAAUUUUAAGGUAAUUUAUAAAAGAAGUAUGUACAGAAUUGUAAAAUUGUCUAAGCUAACGGAAAAUGAGCUUUAUCCAUUAUGGUGCUUUCAUGUGUUUCUUGCAGCAGAUAUUUCAGUUGUUUGUAGAAAACGCCAUUAUUAAUGUUAUGUUGAUCUUCACUGAAUGUAGUCGUGUAUAGUAUAAUAUGAUUUUCUUGUAUUAAUGUUGAUAAGAGUAAAAGUGAUUCAUGUGCAUAUCUUCAUAUUAGCUAAGUAUUCUACACCUUUUAUUUCAAUAAAUGGGCAUUUUGUAUCUCUUAAUUUGUUUCAAAUCAAAUUGUACUCUUGUACGAUAACAUUGCUGUAAAACAACUUGCUGAGAUUGAACCAGUAUUAUUAAAUUUAAGAAUACUAUUAUGUAUUAUUGUAACAACAAACAUAUAUAUUUAUUAGAACAUUUCCAGAUGAAAUACAAUUCAAUUCUCAAUAAAUCAUGCUACUUAAUAUAUUAAAAUCUGAAGCAUUUUUGUUUAUUUACUUAUUCGUUAUCUUGUAUUGUGAACCUUUAUUAUUUUUUUAUAAAAUCAGUUGGAAUAUUUAUGUUAUAUACAUGAUGUUAGUGUAUUAAUAUCUAAAAAAAAAAAAAAACUACAGCACAAGAAACUUGGAUUGUUGUAAAUAUUCAAACUGUUUAAUUUUGUAUGACAAAUUUUCUGCCUACUUCUUUUUAUCAUACAACUGUUUGUAACAUUCUCAAGUGCAAACUAGUGAGAAUAAUUAAAUGUGGCAGAGAUCAUAUAAGACAGCAGAUUUAUAGGGAAAUGUGUUCAAAAAUAAAACAAGUUUGGUGUGUUUAAAAAUGUUUAACUAUUUAUUACACAUAAAUAAAAAAAGCAACACUAGAAAAAUGAGCUUUUGGUCUGGGUUUUUGGUAGCUUUGGUUGGAUUCCUAACUUGGCACAAUCAUUUUAUAUUUUUUUCCUGGUACAAAAAAAACCUCUUGUUCCACUUUAAAAGGUGUCCGAAAAGACUCUUGAGGACAGGCUGACCCAAGCUUCUUUCACAAAAUUAAUCACUAGCUGAGAGUUGAUCCAACGUCUACCAAGUAAACAACUAACUUUGACAAAGUUAAAACAAGUUUGAAUUUGAAAAACUCUGUUUAAAAACCAAUAAAUAAGCUCUCUACAGUAACCAGAUUUGUGGUAUGUCCUCUUCCAACAGCCAACAUUCAAGUGUUCUGUAUAUAAUCCUAGGCAUGUGUAUAAGAUUUGUUUAUGUUAAGUUAAACUUGUGAUCAUUAUACAUAUUGUGAAACAGUUUUUCACUAAACUAAAUGGCGAAGCCAAAGUUUUAUUAUUUUGUUAGGUUUCUUUGUUAAAUAUAGAUGUUUAAACUUUUUUAAUAUUUAAAAUUAAGUUAUGUGAAUAUUCAUUAUUUUUGUAUAUACAUACAUCAUUAGAAAAAUCUUUGAAUGUUAGUUUUAACCAGGAUUUUGUAUGUAUUUAUAUGAAUAAUGAAAAUUACAUUGUUGUGUUUAUUAAAAUUAUUGAUUUUCUGUUGUAAUUUCUUGUACAAUUAUUGCAUUUGUUAUAAUUUCUUAAAGAAUAAUCAGUUGGCUCCUACUAUGUGCAAUAGGUAAUUUUUCAAACGUUUAAAAACUGUAUUUGUAGGUUAUUCGUUCAUAUCAUUAUAACUGUUACUCAAUCUUCAA